ACAUUUGAUUGUUGCGCUGUGCUUUGCUUUAGACAAUUUGUGAAUUUGAGCUGUGCGAAAGACUUGCAGUUAUUUGACGUUUUUCGCUGCAUCUCUUUGGGGGACCAAGUAAGAUCACUACAGUACGCCUACAGACGUGAUGUCAAGUCAUGUUUGCAUUGUCUGUCACUUGAUUCUGCCCUAGUUGACGUGCGAAGGGAUUCAGACGGUCGACCGUAUGUCAUAAAUUCGUCUAAUUUUGAUUUCAACUUGUCACAUAAUGGUGACUUCACUCUUUUAACAUCCUGUCAAAAUAUGCGUACUGGAGUCGACGUUAUGCGAGUUGAGUUGCCGCGUACGUUCAUCGAUAGUUUUAUUCAUAAAAUGAAUUCCCUCUUCAGCUCUUCUGAAUUUCGUUGGCUUAUUUCUAACAGUAAUGAAGAGACCAAAAUUCGCCGUUUUUUCAGACUUUGGUGUUUAAAGGAAGCAUUUGUAAAGAACACUGGAACGGGGCUGAGAAUGGAUGUUUCUUCAGUCGAAUUUGAUUUGACGGGUGAUAAACCCAAGUGCAAUUUUCCCGGUCUAGUUUCGGAAGAAUGGUCAUUUGAAGAACACAGCCUUCCUUCGAAUCAUGUUGCUGCUAUCGCCUGCUUCUGUGAAGAACCUUUUCAAGAAGUUUCCUUCGAACAAGUUAUGCACAGCUUAGUACCAUGGAAUGAAGUUAGCGGUGAUAUCCUGUCAACGUACGCGUCCAAACAACUAUGUUCUUUAUCAUCCAGACGAUCAAUUUGA